ACUGUUCAAAUCCUUAUGAGCUCCAUUGAUUCUGAGCUUUAUAAUGGAAUGAAUGCCAAUGGGUGUGGCAAAAUAUACCUAUAGUUGGAUUAAAGGCAAGGCCAGUGUGUGAAAAGUUAACAUAAUUUUAGAGAAAUGGUUUAUUAUCAUGUGCAAACUAUUCCAAAUCACUGUUCAGUAGUUACAGCAAAGAGAAGUCCUUUUGAACUUGCAACAAUAAAGAAAAAACUAGAAAUUUGUAACAUGUAGUUGAAUAGAUAUUACUAUGACAUGGGACAUCUCCCCCCCACCCACUCCAAGUGGUAUAAAAACAAUCUCCAAAUCUCAGUGGUUUGAAACAACACAAUUCUCACUCAUGCUCCAUAUACAGAGGGGCCUGAUGUUUCUACCAUCUCAGUGUGAGGUCUUGGGUCUUGCUGCCAUAAGGGGAGAGCAUAAAGAAUCACUUCCUGACCCUUAAGUGUUUUUGCUUAGAAGUGACACUUGUCACUUCCACCUUAUUAGCCAAAGAAAGUUGCAGGACCAGGGUUUACUUUUGAGUUUUUAGGAAAAUGCAAUCCUUACAUGGAUUCGGGAGAAAACCAAAAAGGAUGAUGAACAUUGGUAAUUCCUAUCUCAGUGUCUGCUUCUCCAGAGAAACAGGACUGAUGGGAUGGAUAUGGGGAGGGAGGUUGUCUCCUACGACCAUGGAGGCUUGACACAUCCAACAUCUGCAGGGUAGGCUGGAAGAGUUGCAGUUUGUAUCUCUGGCUUCUUCCUCGCAGAAAGUCAGUGUUUUUGAGGUCUUCAGCUGAUUGGAUGAGGCCCAUCCACAAGAUGCAACAUGAUCUUCACUUACACUCAAAAUCUACUUAUUUAACUGUAAUGUCAUCUAGAAAAUACCCUCAGCAACAUCUAGAGUAAUAUCUGACCAAAUAUCUGGACACAGUAGCCUAACUGAAUUGAUAUAAAAUUAACCACCCUGAUAUGCUGCUGUGUCCUUUGCCUUCUAGAUGUUCUUAAUCAUCCUCCAUAAAGCAUAAGGGCUCAAAGUGGUUUUUUAUUGCAUUGAAAAAAGAAUCCUUCCUUUGUUAAGCUGGGAUCAAGAGACUUGUGUUCCUGGUGUCUUACUCAUUUCACUAGACAGAAGAAAAAUAGUGACUGUGAUUCCUUCAUAGUUUGAAAAACCAGAUCUAGAUAGAUUGGGUGUUAUUUUGUUGUUCCAGGUUAAUUUACAAAUUCCCAGUUAAUAAGUUUCUAGAUUUAAAAGAAAAUGCAAAAUUUAAGAAUAACCUUUCCAUAGAUCAGGCAAACAUCCCAAACCAAACAAAUAUGCGAGCUACCUCCAUGCUGUGGGGAGAUGACUGUGGAGUCUUUGGUAUGUGUCAGGCCAUAUUCUGUGUCUCUCAGGGCUGGAGUGUAGAUCUGUGGUAGAGUGCUACGCCUAGCAUGCAUGAGGCCCCUGGGUUCAAACCCCAGUCCUGGAAAAAAAUUUUCCAAAACAAAAAAAAAGACAUGUUUCAAUGGCAUGUUGUACAUCACAUCUAAAACUUGACCUUUUGAUACAUCAGGUGUGCAUGACUUACCUUUCAUUAUAUGCCCUGUUCUCUAUGAGUAUCUUUAACUUGAGAAAAUGACUGUGCUACCUGUCUUGUUCAAAGAUGUGCCCUCAGUAGGACCUGAUUUCUCUUUGCUCUUCUUCCUGUUUCUAAUGGUGACUCUGGCUGAGCCUGCCUCAAACCUCCUUCCCGAGCCUUGGCACUGUUACAGGUGUGGAAGGUUCCCCAGGGAUUGCCCCACACAGAGGUGCAGUAGAGGAGCCACGUGGAGAUCAGCCCCAUCACCCUGACUCAUUAGCCAGCUGAGUGAGUCCUCAUGCUCCCCUCUCGUCACUAAGCAAGGUAGUCCUCUUCCAGAUGAGGACACCUGAGCAAAAGAGGUUAAGUGACUUGCACUAGGUCGCUUGGGGAGUUCCUGCAAUUAGAAUAACAGCUUUCUGCUGUUUGGUCAAGUGCUUAAAUGCUGGCCUCCCUUGAUUCUUUUUUCUAGCAUGCAUCUAAUCAAUAAAUCAAUUUCCUCUCCUGUUCAUCCUCACAGUAGUGCAAAGAAGAAGGUCCCAGGUUGUGCACAUAGACUACUGUCCUCCAUGUUCCAAGAUGAUGUAGCUGACAGUGAUUUGUUACCAUUUUGCUCUAGUGUGACAGGAAAGAUCAAUAGGCAGCCAAUAGCCCUUUACACACUAGCCAAGGUACAAAACUGCCCCUUGACUCAGGUCUGCAGCACUGUGUGCAAAGAUUAGCAUUUUUUGAGAUGAGUAUCUUUUAGAAUUUGUUUGUCCCCUCUGAGUCUCCUGAAUCCUAAUUACCACUCAAAAGGUUGUUUCCCAACAGCACUUAACCAGUCUUCAUGUCAUAAGCUGUGCAUCCUCGGGCCCAGGAAGUACAAGAGAGAGAUGGAGGAAGACUGUGUGUGAAUCUGAAUCCCCUUCUUCCUGGUUCAACUCCGACUCAAUCCAUUGUUGCAGUCCCGUUUGCUCAGAUGUUUAAUAACAACUGAACAGCCUUGCUUCAUCCCUCGCUCCCUGCCAUGAUGUUCUGCUUUGCCACAGGCCCCAAAGCAACAGAGCCAACUAACUGUGAACUGAAACCUCUGAGACUGAGCCAAGAUAAAUCUUUCCUCCAUAGCCUGGACCAAUUGUAACAGCCUGCUUUUCAUUGCUAUGAUCAAAACACUUGACAUUAACAACUUAAAAGAGGAAAGAUGAUGAUGAUGAUGAUGAUGAUGAUGAUGAUGAUGACGACGACGACUACUACUACUUUGGCUCAUGACUGCAGAAGUUUCAGUCCAUGAUCCUUCAAUAGUAUGUGUGUGAACUGGACUUUUGGAGGAAAAUUCAGAUGCUUUAGUGAGAAGAAUAAUAUGGAUGCUAAAUACUGCUGCUCCUUCACCUUUUGACAGAAGGGAAAGAGUCAAGAUGAGAGCAAAGACUGAAGGAGAAGAAAGGACUUUUGUUUAAAGGAUGUGAUUUUGCAGCUCUUGGGGGCAGGGGACUGCUCCGUCAAGCCUGAAGGAAAGCAUCUCCCUAGGCAAUUUGGUCUUAUGACAGAAUUACAAGAAGAAAAAAAUUUUUGAAGUGUUUGGAAAUGAAACACUUCCUGUAGCCUGGCGUGUCUGUUUGAUCUUGACCUUGAGGAAGCAGCACUGAAAGCAUCCCAGGAAAGGGCAGGAUGAAGGUCCCGGCUACCUUUGCAGGCUGGGCUUGUACCUCCCUCUUCCUGGCUUCCUGCUCGUCUGCCUUCUCCCAUGGGGCCAGUGCGGUGGCCUGUGAGGAUAUGCAGCCCAGACACAUCCAAGCCCAGCCCCAGCGUCCCAGCUCCCUCCACGUCACCAUCCACACCAGCAGGUCCUACUCACCAGGUGACAAGAUCCCAGUGCUGGUGAGAAGCAGUCUUGACUUCAUGGGGUUCCUGCUGCAGGCUCGCAGGCUCUCUGAUCACCAGACAGCGGGCACUUUUGUCUUCAUUCCUCCUCGUUCCAAACUGAUGACUUGCUUUGAAGAGGCGGAUGCAGUCACCCACUCUGACAAGUCCCCAAAGAGAAACCUCUCCUUCGUGUGGAAGGCCCCUGCUCAGCCCCUGGGGGACAUCAGGUUCCUUUUAUCAGUAGUCCAGUCGUAUUUUGUUUACUGGGCAAGGAUUGAAUCAGCUGUUGUAUCACAACAGACACGUAGCAGAGCCCUCUCUGAUGACCACCACCGUGCUGAGCUGGGGAUGCUGGUGCCAACCCCUGGGCGAAGGCUGGAUGACUCUGAAGGGACAGCCCCAGGACCUUCAGAAGAGAACAACUCAGAUCCUGUCCCUGCUAGUAUAGGGGUGACAAAGUUGCCUGGAGAUACAGAGACUCUGUCCCAAUCACAUUCAUAUACAGCGACUGCAAACAGCAAUGGUCAGCAACCCAGUGGGGACAGCAGUCCAAUCCUAGAACCAUCCAUGGAUUCCCAUAGGCUGGAGAAGCUUGUGGCCCUUAGGAGAUUCUUCUCAGAGGCCUUUGCUUCCAGCCUGAGCACCCACCACAGAACUCAGGAUGAUCCAAGGUUUGAUCCAUUGGAAACUUGCCUGCCCUUGGAUAAGGAUGAACAGGACAAGAUGGAAGCCUCUAACAGGACCCCACUGAGGCCUGCGCUGUACACUGUCCACUUUACCAACCCCCAGAGUCUCUGGUCUUCUGAAGCAUCCAUGGGGAGUGGGGCAGGGGCAUCCAACACGACCCCCAACUUCCACACCUCUGGCGCUUCCAGGCUGCCGGCCGCUGGUGGCCAGUCCCAAGCAUCAAGGCCCUCUGCCAACUUUGUACCUAAGUCAAAGCCCGGGGAUCCCAGCUUGGGGACAGGAAAGGGAGAAGGUGGUGUGGGACACCCUAGCAAGACCAACCUGAGGCCUGCAGUUGGGCAUGAGGGAGCCAGUGUCCCUUUGGGGAUCCAGCUCAGCACACCCCAGCUGGGCACCCUACUUUGUCUGUCAGCCACCCUGGGCAUGGCCCUGGCUGCUGGUCUCUGCUACCUGCACUCUCAGCAUCGCCACAAGCGAACAGAAGUGUCCUUCAGCGAGGCAGCUGCAGAUGCUGUUGCCAGGAGCGACGGCGGGGAGACUGUUCAUGUCAGGAAGAUUGGGGAGAACAGUUUUGUUUUGGUUCAAGCAGAAUACAACAGGAUCUCUCCUUCUGAGGGUGGCAGGAAAGCAGUCCUCUGAGAAGACUCUGGUGGCAGGUCUCUCAGUGGCCUCCUUAGACUCUGCAGAGCAGCUCAGUCAAAACAGAGCUAAUGAGAAUUCUUGAUGAGGACAGGGAUUCGCCGCGCCUCCUGCCAGCACGCAGCUAGCGGAGGAAGCGGCGAAAGGACCGCUUGAUCAACAGAGGGAGUUCUUCCCCAGCUUUGUUGUCUUAACAUCUGUAAUUUGGCUUCUUUUUUUUUCCUUUUUGCAAUUAGACGUUCUGUUUGAAGAGUUAAACUCGACACAAUGAAUAUUGUAUAACCCGCUCAUUAACUAGACUCCUGUGGCCACCAAGCUUCCUCUGUUGCCUUGAGGAACCUGCUGAAAUAGAAAUUCUGUCCCUCCUCAGUGUCUCAGCCUCGUCUCCUCCAACUCUUUGAAAAGAAGUAAUGUUGGGUUUGUGGCUCCUACAAGAAAAAGAACGGCAGCCCUCGCUUUCCUCUCUAAAUCACCCUAGAAGUUUACUUCUCAAAACUGGGGCUCAAAAACAAAUUGGAACUCCGUUCAGUUGCUUAGGUGAAUGCAAGGAUAUUUGGUCUGCUUAAAACCCAGCAGUCUGGCAAAUCUGCCAUGGAAAUUAAUCCAAAGCAAGGAAGGUAUGGAGAGUGUGAUUGAAUACAUCUUUGGGAAAACAUGAACCCCAGAGCAGAGCAGGGAGCCUCCCCAUGAGGUGUAAAUGGAUCUGGGACUUCCCGACCAUUGACACUUGGUUUGUGUUCCCAACAAAUAGCAGACAUCUUGCCUUUGCCAAAGGUCAGGCUUAAAAAAAAAAAAAAAAAAAAAAAAAAAGGGCCAGCAGAGUUUGAAGAACAGCUGUUACCUUUCUUCUCAGGGGACAUCAGAAAGAAAUCUUCAUGGAUGAACACUGUCUAUCUGCUCUCAUACCUAUGAAGUUCACUUUGAUUUAGCAAUGGUUCCAGGGAUCUAAAUGGUGUCAAAACAUUAGGGUUGAAUAGAAUUCUUAAACAUGUUCAACUAAUGUAUUAGUUGAGUUAGAGGCUUCUCCAGAGAUAACUCUACUACACUCACCAUGCAUUUUAAUAUGGAAACAAACACCACCAGAAAUUUGGAAAGCAUAUUUAGUUGUCUUGCACCUUUCUCAGAGAGGUAAGAUGCUAGAAAACUAGCACAUAUUUUUCACAUUGAGUUGUCACAAUAAUUUAAUAAGGGAUGAGUUCAGUACCUUUCCAAGGACAGUGAGAAAUCAUGGCACCCCAAUUCAACAACAAAAACAUUUUCUUAAAAAGAUUGAGUGUGGCUGGGCACAGUGGCCAAGCCUGUAAUCCCAGCAGCUC